CGAUUUGAUUGCUGGAUGCAUGAAGACGUGGAGACUCGCAGCAGGAAGAUCUUGUUCAAAGCUGUAAGAGAUUGGAGCAACAUCCGUUGCUUUAUAAUAGCAGGUGUGGCCGGGGCUCAGCAAGCGCAGGGCCAGUCGAGGCGUUUCACAACCAUGGAUGUUGAUGAGGAGGAGAACAUGAGUUCAUGCAGCACCGACGUAAAGGAAAACCGCAACCUGGACAACGUCUCUUCUAAGGAGGGAGCUGGCCUGGUGGAGCAGCUCCCCAACGGUAGUGGAGGAGGGGGUCGCAAGCGGCCCCUGGAGGAGGGCAACAAUGGCCACUCGCACUCCAAAUUCAGACCCAAGAAACGUAAGAAAAUGCCAGGGCCGGUUCUGCCCAAGAACGCCCUGAUGCAGCUGAACGAAAUCAAACCGGGUCUGCAGUACAAGAUGCUCUCGCAGACCGGCCCGGUCCAUGCACCAGUCUUCGUCAUGACUGUUGAGGUUAACGGUCAGUUGUUCGAGGGCUCGGGGCCUACGAAGAAAAAGGCCAAGUUGAACGCCGCCGAGAAGGCACUGCGCUCCUUUGUGCAGUUCCCAAACGCAUCCGAGGCGCACCUGGCCAUGGGCCGUACGCUCACCGUUAACACGGAUUUCACCUCCGACCAAGCUGACUUCCCUGACAUGCUCUUCAAUGGGUUUGAGACACCAGCACCGAACGAGGAAACGUUUUUUCUGGGCUCCAACGGCAACGGCUCCUUAAAACCGCUGGGAGAGUAUCCCAUGCCCCAGGUGCCAGGUACGAACAGCCUCAUGCAGGCGCCGCUGCCGCCGCCCUCCUCCUCGACCAGCGGCAAAAACCCUGUCAUGAUUCUCAACGAGCUGCGGCCGGGCCUCAAAUACGAGUUUGUGUCGGAGAGCGGGGAGAGCCACGCUAAGAACUUUGUGAUGUCGGUGACUGUGGACUCGCAGACGUUUGAGGGCUCAGGCCGAAAUAAGAAACUCGCUAAAGCCCGGGCUGCCCAAGCGGCUCUGUCAGCGCUCUUCAACAUGCAACUGGACCAGACCCCGUCCCGCCAACCCAUCCCGAGAGAGGGGCUACAGCUGCACCUGCCGCAGGUCCUUGCAGAUGCCGUUUCUCGUCUGGUAGUGGACAAAUUCAGCGAGCUCACUGACAACUUCACGUCUCCACAUGCACGACGGAAAGUUCUGGCUGGCAUCGUCAUAACAACAGGCACCGAUGUCAAGGACGCGCAGAUGAGACAAAGACUAGAAUUGGGAAGAAUUUUUCUGCCGUUUGUCUCUAAAUUUAGUAACAAUAAAGAGGAGCACCAAAAGUCCAUAUUUGCGCAGUGUGACAAGCGUGGCUUCCGGCUGAAAGACAACGUCCAGUUUCAUCUUUAUAUCAGCACAUCGCCCUGCGGAGACGCCCGGAUCUUCUCUCCUCACGAGGCGGGUGUAGAGGACCAGGGAGACAGACACCCAAACAGGAAGGCAAGGGGCCAGCUGAGGACCAAGAUCGAGUCUGGAGAGGGAACCAUCCCGGUGCGCUCUAGUAACACCAUACAGACGUGGGACGGAGUCCUGCAGGGCGAGCGGCUGCUUACGAUGUCAUGCAGUGACAAAAUCGCGAGGUGGAACGUGGUGGGCAUCCAGGGCUCUCUGAUGAGCUACUUCACUGAGCCCAUCUACUUCUCCAGCAUCAUCCUGGGCAGCCUGUAUCAUGCUGAUCAUCUCUCCAGAGCCAUGUACCAGCGGAUCGCUGACAUCGAAGACCUGCCCCAGCAAUUCUCCCUCAACCGCCCCCUGCUCAGCGGAAUCAGUAACGCCGAGGCCCGGCAGCCGGGAAAGGCUCCUAACUUCAGUGUGAACUGGACGGUGGGAGAUCAGGCUCUAGAAAUCAUUAACGCCACCACAGGCAAGGAUGACAUGGGCAGAGCCUCACGUCUCUGUAAGCAUGCCCUAUACAGCCGCUGGGUGCGACUACACUCUAAGCUUUCGUCAACUCUCCGAAUCAAAGUGCCCAAGCCCAGCUCGUACCACGAAGCCAAACAAGCAGCGGUGGAGUACCAUACGGCCAAGCAAACGCUCAUCAAGGCCUUUCACAAAGCGGGUCUGGGCGCCUGGGUGAAAAAACCCAUAGAACAGGACCAGUUCUCGCUGAACUCUUGAAAAGGGAACAUAAAAAGACCAGGACAUGACAACAACCAGCUGUUAAUACUUCACUUGAUGUGUUGCGAUGUGUGUGUGUGUGUGUGUGUGUGUGUGUGUGAUGCUGUUUGUUCUCAGACAAACCAAGAGCCCUUUAGUGUCUGUCAUUUUGCUGUCUUUGUGUGAAUCAUGACUCUGCCUUUUUAAUUUGUAAUGUAGAAUCAGAUUUUCAUCUAACAUAUGUUUGUUUUGAAGUUAGCGGCAUUAGCCCUCAGCAGAUAACAGGACGUAAUGUCAUUUGUAACUGGAAAAAUGUUGGGGUUUUUUUGAGAGAGAGGGUUGUUCUGAAAAAACCUCGAUGCCGUAAACGUGCACGUUACUUGGCUUCAGGUCGACCACACCGCUGUGCACGGGUCUGAAGGUUUCCUGGUCCAGCCUACCCAAAUGCUGGCUCACCUUUUGAGCAUGGUUCUCCUUGAUAUGCAAAACAUAAGCAUAUUUAUAUUUUUUAUUCCGUUCCCUCUGGAUUUUAGAAGGGGAAGAAAUUCUAUCACAUAGAUCAAAACUAUACAGCAUGGUCCCUUUAGAUAGACAAACUUAUUUUGUCAGGACUUUAGUGUAGAAUUAGCGUACGCCGUCUUUUUAGUAAAAUAGAUUUCAGAUUUUAAUUUGACCUCGGAGGGAAACUUGAAUUUUUGCAUAUGGUUCCUAGGUAAGCUGUAUUCCCAAACAGUGAUUUGAAUUGGAAAAUGGAGUAGUCUUAUGGAUGCAACCAAAGUGCAUUGAUGUUAUUAAACGAUGUGUCGUGGCUGUUGAGAUUUCUCAGAGGUCUUAAAUGCAUGUGCGAAUUACAUAAGGCUCAAAGAAAGCCCUUUAUUCUGGGUUUAAUACUUUACUGGCCUAUAAUGGACCAUUUUAGAAGCCCUACUUUUAGGUGUCUACAUUGUAUUGACUUUAAGCUGCAUGGAGUCCAUCGGAUCACUCCGAUCACCAAACAGCAGAUUUCCCAGUGAACCUGAUCUGCUAAUGUGAUCGAGUUACACAUAUGUUAAAGGAAUAGUUCAUCCAAUUAUGAAAAUUUGUUCCAAGAUUUCUGGAUGAGCUCUUCCUUCAACAUUCAUGCUGCAUUUAGUCACUGCAGGUUUGAGAGCAGGGCAUUGUGGGAGUUUUUCAAGAUGGCAGAAUGGUCUGUAAAAUGCACGUUUAUUAUUGACAAAAGCCAUCUCUGCAUGUGGAAGCGAGGGUUUGCAGAGGCGACUCUGACUUUCACUUUAUCCUUGCGACUUGUUUGAGGAUUUUUUUGAUUUCCUGCAUAGACCUGAAUGCCUACAUUCCUCCUCAGAGACGCUUCUGUAAGACUGAAUUCAGCUGUGUCCUUGAGGAUGAGGUUUCCCCUCUGCAGACUUGUGCUGUAGGUCUGAGCCAGGAGCUUAGGUGCUCUUUGAUUUAUGACUUAUCCAGUGCAGAAUGUUUGACUGGUAAGGUUAUUGAGAGCUGAGAAGCAGAAGUAUUUCUAUACCGAUCAUUCAUUUUUAAAGUUUGGCUUUGGUGGUUUUCAGAUUCCAGGAGUGUUGCUGUAUAAUAUAAACUCCUGAUGGGAUUUAUUACAUUUCAGUCAUAAUUUUACACUUAAAAA